GGGUGAGUGUGCGUGAGCUUUUGGGAUUGGGACCUCUGGCCCCAAGGAAAGAUAUAUCCAUAUAAUAUAACAACUUGAGAAACUCUCUCUGAUGAGCCGGUCGCCAUGGAAGCAUUCCUCUGAUAAUCAAUAAAUUCCCUAUUUCAAGCUCGUCUUCUUUUGGGCUCUGCACGAACCAUUCGAAGCUUCCAACUUUCCUACUCUUUUCGUGUUGCUCAUCCUCUACUGGCUCUGAAACUCGCCGCUUGCACUCAGUACCAGUUGGGAUUCUUUAUCUGCUUUUUCCCCUUCGUGGCGAGAAUGUCGACCCCUGCCAGGAAGAGAUUGAUGAGGGAUUUUAAAAGAUUGCAGCAAGACCCUCCUGCGGGCAUCAGUGGCGCUCCCCAGGACAAUAAUAUCAUGCUAUGGAAUGCAGUUAUCUUUGGGCCAGAUGACACCCCAUGGGAUGGAGGCACGUUUAAAUUGACCCUUCAGUUCUCAGAAGAUUAUCCCAAUAAACCGCCUAUAGUGCGCUUUGUUUCUCGCAUGUUCCAUCCAAACAUUUACGCGGAUGGGAGCAUAUGUUUGGAUAUUUUACAGAACCAGUGGAGCCCAAUUUAUGAUGUAGCUGCAAUACUUACUUCAAUCCAGUCGUUGCUGUGUGAUCCAAACCCAAACUCACCAGCGAAUUCAGAGGCUGCUCGGAUGUUUAGUGAAAACAAGCGUGAUUACAACAGGAAAGUGCGUGAGAUUGUUGAGCAGAGUUGGACUGCUGAUUGAAUGGAUCCCGACUCCAAGGCUUGAAAGAACUAUUGUCAGUCUACAAGGUUGUCAGAGAAUCCAAAAGAUCUCAUUAAAUAACGGAGACUUGAAAGAACUAUUGUGUUUUGUAAUCCUUGGCUUCUGAUCAUCCCGUGUGUUUGCCCAAAACUCAACAUGAAUUGAUGUUCCACCCAUAAUAUCAAUAUCUAGGCAUUGUGUUUCUUUUGAC